UACAGGGUUGCCACACUACCUGGAAAACUGAGAAUUUUGCUCUCUCAUGUUCUUGCAAAGAAAAUAAAUCUGUGCAUUUUGAACGAAAGAAAAUUCUGCCACUUGGUUUUAGAGAGCUUGUUUUCUUUCUGUCAUCUCCAAUUAAAAAAAAAUCUGGGUUAUGAAACAGCAUUUUGCAAAGACACAAGUGACACAAAUGACGAAGAUGUGUGGUAUGUCCGUCAAGCCAGCGAUCAUGAUUUGCAUGCGGGGGAUAUAGUAGCAGUUGAGGAAACAUUUGAUGUAGAAUAUGAGGUAGAGUCGGAUGAUUCCUCUUUGUGUAGUGAUCAAGGGGAAAAUGAUUCCUAUAGUGAUGAGGAAAAAUAUGUUAAGGAAACGCUGAAGACAGUCAUAACCUAUAUCUGUCGGACUGACAGUGAUAUAGAGUUUUGGGCUGAUGAUAGCUCCUCUGAAAAUGAAUGUUUUGAUGUUGAAAUAUCAGAAUCUGAUCAAUGGAGAUGUAAUAAAUGUGGCCAGCUAAAUAAGCCUCCUCUUCGUUAUUGUCUGAAAUGUUGGGAUGAACGUAAAGGAUGGUUGAGGGACAAAGAUAAGCAGCGACCACCGCAGAGGAAGAGAAGUAAAGAAAAAGCGAAAGGCUGCGCGAAGAAAAAAAACGUUCUUACAGAGGAAUCUUCUAUAUGGAAUAGUGAUUGCGAUUCUCCAAGUACUUCUGGAAAUAUUAAAGACAGUAGUGGAUACGAUUCUCUGAGUACUAAAGACAGCCAAAAUAGUGGAUCUUCUCAGGAGAAGUUUGAUGAUCAGAUACCUGUGGAAAAAAGCAUUGAAUUGUGUUUAAUAUGUUGUUCGAAACCUGCAAAUGCUUCGAUCAUACAUGGAAAUAUAGGGCAUGUGAUAUGUUGUUAUAAAUGUGCUUUAAAAUUGAAACGUAGGAACAAACGCUGUCCGGUUUGCAGGAGGACGAUAGAUAAAGUUGUGUACCAAGUUUGUAGUGUUUGAAGAUUGCAUAUAACGUAUGAUUUUGUUAAAAGUGUGUUUAGUUUUAUAUCAAUACCCUGUACAGAAAAGUGUUUGUGAAUAUAAAUUAUAACUGUGCAAUAAAGAAGGUUAAAUAUA